AUUCCCGUAUAUAAUGUUGAUGGCACUCUUAAUGCUGGUGGAUGCAUUUGGAAGAUGACCCACUACACCUAUCAACAAAUAGAAGCAGGAGGAAGGAAUGCCAUGUGCAAAUGCCUCAUCACCAGAUUAGGAGGAGAAGACAUUCUCCUCGGAUACCCGUGGCUCCACAAGGUUAACCCCACGAUAGACUGG